CAACGGCAUUUGCCGGAUAUAUAACACACGGGCCUUCCCCCCACCAGCUGCCGCACAACAAAAAUUUUUUGGCCCAAAUCCAUUUAAAAUUACAACCAGCAACAGCAACAACAAGAAAGAGAAGCAAAACUAAUUAACCAACUAACUAACUAAACCAUAAGCAACAAGCAACUUACUUACCACAGCUAACAACUAAACUAAAUUCAACUAACUAGCUAAAUGUUAACAAAAAGUGCAAUAAAGCUAAAACAAGAAGCUGUCCUCGUAUAAUCGUAAUAGCAACAGGAGAAACCGGAAACCGGAAAUGCACAUUGAGCCAACAACGCCGACGCCAACGACGACGCCUGAUAACAACUGCAGCAACAAAUUAUGCUCACACACACACUAAUAGCCAUAAGCCACACUGUGAUCCCCAAAACUGACUGACUGAGUGUGUGUGUGUUGAGAGAGUGCGUGUGUGUGUGUCUGUGUGAAGUAAUACUAGUGUUGUAGUAGUGAGUGGAAGCAGCAACAGCCACUGCAACUUGCAAUUGGAUAUACAAAUUUUUUUUCAUCCAACUUUCAAAAACAAAAUCAUUCAAAAUUCAUCGUCUAAGCAAAGCGGAUGCAACAGCAAGCAACACAUAAGGAUAACAACAACAAGAACAACAAUAAAGAAUUUAAUUUUACCAAACCUUAACUCUGCAUAUCAAAGUGAAAGCAAAAGCUAAAGGAUUCAAAAAGUUAACCAGACAAGAUCAUAAUCAAACGUUGCAUUUAAGCAGAAAAAAACCGAAAUAGAUAUACAUAAAGAGGACACUCGAACCCAACGUCUAGCAAUAUCCAAGGACCAAGGAUAGCAAACGGUGUUGUGUGCAUGCCGCGGAUCAGCCGCGGAUUAUGUCACGCGACGAUUAUAAUCCAGUGAAUAGCUCUGGUGUCCGCAGUCCGGGUCGUGUGCGGCGACUGCAGGAAUUGCCAACUGUCGAUCGUUCACCAUCCAGGGAUUACGGCGCCCCACGCGGAAGUCCUUUAGCUGUAAGAGGCAAACUUGGCAAAUUGCAUUAGAUAAAGGCUAAAAGAGAAAACCAUGGCUCACAGCUGAGCCAGACACAUACACAAACCCCCACACAUAGACGUCGAGGAUAGCAGAAGAAAGACAAGUCGAAGGAUAAGAGAGAGAGAAACUGGUUAAAUCCAUUUAACUGAAUUUUGCUGAAGCAACGCUGACAAAAUCAAAGCCUCAAACUGGAUUACAAUUAUGCAAUGGGCAGUCCAUACUACCGCGACAUGGAUGAGCCAACAAGUCCCGCCGGAGCGGGACACCAUCGCAGUCGAAGUGCCAGCAGACCACCGAUGUCACAUGCCAUGGACUAUCCAAGAACCCGCUAUCAGUCAUUGGAUCGCGGUGGUCUGGUUGAUCCACAUGAUCGUGAAUUUAUACCCAUACGAGAGCCACGCGAUCGUUCCAGAGAUCGUUCGCUGGAACGUGGACUUUAUCUAGAAGAUGAGCUAUAUGGCAGAUCAGCACGUCAGAGUCCCAGUGCCUUGGGUGGCUAUAAUACGGGCAUGGGCCCGACAUCGGAUCGGGCCUAUUUGGGGGAUUUGCAGCAUCAGAAUACAGAUCUGCAACGUGAAUUGGGUAAUCUAAAGCGUGAGCUAGAGCUGACAAAUCAAAAACUGGGCAGUUCCAUGCAUAGCAUUAAGACCUUCUGGUCGCCAGAGUUGAAAAAAGAAAGAGCUUUGCGUAAGGAGGAGAGCGCCAAAUAUAGUUUAAUCAAUGAUCAAUUGAAGCUGCUUAGCACAGAGAAUCAGAAACAAGCCAUGUUGGUGCGUCAACUGGAAGAGGAGCUGCGUUUGCGUAUGCGUCAACCCAAUUUGGAAAUGCAACAACAAAUGGAGGCCAUCUAUGCAGAGAAUGAUCAUUUGCAGCGUGAGAUUAGUAUAUUGCGCGAAACGAUCAAGGAUCUGGAAUGCCGUGUAGAGACACAAAAACAAACACUAAUAGCACGUGAUGAGAGUAUUAAAAAGUUACUGGAAAUGCUGCAAGCCAAGGGCAUGGGCAAAGAGGAGGAGCGUCAAAUGUUCCAGCAAAUGCAGGCAAUGGCACAGAAACAGAUGUACAAUAACUACACGGGCAUCAGCGGAUCCAGCCCACCACUGCCAGAUAUUAUUGGACAAUACUACGGACCGGCAGGAGGAGCAGCAGCAGCAGCAGGAGGAGGACUUGGAGGAUAUGGUCCAGCUAGUUGCCAGCCAGGCUAUGCCGGCGGUGGUUAUGAUUUUUAUGGCGGACCCUCCACCUCAGCAGGAUAUCUAUAUGACCCAGCAGCAACAGCAGCAGCAGCCACACAAAUUUAUGGCCAAACCUCACCCAUACGACGACGAAGAUAUAGUAUUGCUGGAUUACCAUCGGCUACCAUGUAUCAGGAUGUUUAUGGCUAUCCGGCGCCACCAUUGCAUCAGACCAGCUCAUCAAAUAUAGUCAAUUUGCUUAACGAAGCCCAUAAGUCAAUAUCGCGAUCCUCGCAAAUACUUAAUCUUACGAAUCAGGCAAGGCAAUUGGGUCAGCCAAUUACCACGCCAUUGUCGGCCAAUGCCUAUCCGGGUCGCAUUGUCUCCAGUUAUCCCACGUUGCAUCCGGGUGAUACAUCGCCGCCAUAUCUCAACGAUAAUCUUAUGCAAAUGUCGACAAGUUUCUCCUCCCAGCCGAAUAUGUACUUCCAGCCGCAGCAGCAGCAGCAGCAGCAGGCAGCGGCGGCAGCAGCUCAGCUGACAGCAGCCCAAAGUGCAGCAGCAGCUGCUGCACGCCUGAGGCCAGCAUAUUCAGUAUCAAAUUUAGCCACCAGCGGCUGCUAUCCAGGAUUGUUGGGGACAGCAGCUGGACGUUAUGGCUCAACACAAGCGAAUCCAUAUCAAAGUGAUCUCGCCGGCUAUGGGGGGCCAAGCAUGGGUGGUGGUUAUGGUCCCAGUCUACUGGGUGGUGGUGGUGGUGGUAUGGGUUUAGGCCUCUGGCCAAAUAGCCACCAGCAGCAGCGGCAACUCAUGUCCCAUUCACUGCAUGCCUCCAAUCCCGCCAUUUCGCAAUAUUAUCAACAGCCGGCAAUGAGUAGCUCGGCAUUGGCCUAUAAUCUGCAACAGCAAUUUGCUGGCACUCAGAACAGCGGUAGUCACUAUAAUCAAGCCAAUCAGCAUCCGCAUUCGCAUAUACAGGCAUCGGUGCAACAGCAAAUGCAUCCACAGUAUCAAUACCAUGUGCAUCAGCAUCAGAAUCAUUUGCAAACCCAUCCACUUGCCGCCUUGGCCAAUACGAGCGGUGUCUUUGGUGGCACAUUGGCCAGCAGUAGUGUUAGGGAUGCGGCUUCCAAUUAUGAUCUAUUGCAUCAUACGCACACGGCUGGGCAGCAGCAGCAACAACAACAACAUCAUCAUCAUCACCAUCAGCCACAUCAUUUGGGCUAUACGCAUUUGCAUUCGCAUCCGCACUUGCAUUCGCAUCAUCAACAACAACAACAACAGCAACACCAUCAACAGCAACAACAUCAUCACCACCAACAUCAUUUGCCAUACUCGAAACUAGACUUAGAUUAUCCGAAACUGCCGCAAGAGCAUAAGCGACAAUUGGACGAAUUCCGUCUUGAAAUACAAAGAAGGGAUCAAGAGAUUCUGGCGAUGGCGGCAAAAAUGAAAACACUGGAAGAGCAGCAUCAGGACUAUCAGCGGCAUAUAGCGGUGCUCAAGGAAUCGCUAUGCGCCAAAGAAGAGCACUACAACAUGCUGCAAACGGAUGUGGAGGAGAUGCGCGCCCGUCUCGAGGAGAAGAACCGCCUGAUUGAGAAAAAGACGCAAGGUACCUUGCAGACAGUUCAAGAGCGUAACCGGCUAACCAGCGAGCUCACCGAACUCAAGGAUCACAUGGACAUUAAGGAUCGCAAGAUCAGUGUUCUGCAGCGAAAGAUCGAGAAUCUCGAGGACCUGCUCAAGGAGAAAGACAACCAGGUGGAUAUGGCCCGUGCCCGACUAUCGGCCAUGCAGGCCCAUCAUAGUAGUUCGGAGGGUGCUCUAACCAGUCUGGAGGAAGCCAUUGGCGACAAAGAGAAACAGAUGGCCCAGUUGCGGGAUCAGCGUGAUCGUGCCGAGCAUGAAAAACAAGAGGAGCGUGAUCUCCACGAACGAGAGGUGGCCGACUAUAAGAUCAAGUUGCGUGCCGCCGAAAGUGAGGUGGAGAAACUGCAGACACGACUCGAGCGUGCGGUCAAUGAGCGUGAACGUCUCGAAAUCAAGCUGGAGGCCUCGCAAAGUGAAUUGGGCAAAUCGAAGGCAGAACUGGAAAAGGCCACCUGUGAAAUGGGACGUAGCAGUGCCGAUUGGGAGUCGACCAAGCAGCGUAUAGCACGUCUUGAACUGGAGAAUGAGCGGCUGAAACACGAUUUGGAACGUUCCCAGAUGCAGCUAGAAGAACAGACCACACUACACAAAAAUGUACAAAAGUUAAUGUUUGAAUCGGGCAAGAUAUCGACAACGUUUGGACGUACCACAAUGACCACAUCCCAGGAAUUGGAUCGGGCCCAAGAGAGAGCAGACAAGGCGGCCGCCGAACUGCGUCGCACUCAGGCCGAGCUGAGAGUCACACAGGGCGAAACUGACAAACGUUUUUCGGAUGCGGAACGGGCACGUGAAGAAGCCGCCGCUCUGCAGGAGAAACUGGAGAAGAGCCAGGGCGAAGUAUAUCGAUUGAAGGCCAAACUGGAGAAUGCUCAAGGCGAACAGGAGAGUCUGCGUCAGGAGCUGGAGAAGGCACAGAGUGGCGUGUCGCGCAUUCAUGCCGAUCGUGAUAGGGCCUUCUCUGAGGUUGAGAAAAUCAAGGAGGAAAUGGAACGCACACAGGCCACCCUGGGCAAGGCUCAACUGCAGCAUGAGAAAUUGCAAAACUCGUUGGACAAGGCCCAAAAUGAGGUGGAUCAUCUGCAGGAUAAAUUGGACAAGGCCGGCACCGAGAAUCGUCGUCUUGUGUUGGAGAAGGAGAAGUUAACAUAUGACUAUGAUAAUCUGCAAUCGCAGCUGGAUAAGGCCCUGGGUCAGGCGGCUCGCAUGCAGAAAGAACGUGAGACUCUAACCCUGGAUACAGAUCGCAUACGCGAGAAACUCGAAAAGACGCAGAUGCAAUUAGCACGCAUUCAAAAGGAACGGGAUCAGUUCUCUGAUGAACUGGAAACGCUCAAGGAGCGCUCGGAAUCAUCACAAACGCUAUUGAUGAAGGCCGCCCGCGAUCGUGAGGCCAUGCAAACGGAUCUGGAAGUGCUGAAGGAGCGCUACGAGAAAUCGCAUGCCAUUCAACAGAAAUUGCAGAUGGAACGCGAUGAUGCCGUUACCGAGGUGGAAAUACUGAAAGAGAAACUGGACAAGGCCUUGUAUGCCAGUCAGAAACUGAUCGAUGAGAAAGAUACGUCGAAUAAGGAAUUCGAAAAAAUGUUGGAGAAAUAUGAUCGGGCCCAGAAUGAGAUCUAUCGGUUGCAAUCGCGUUGCGAUACAGCUGAAGCGGAUCGAGCUCGCCUCGAGGUAGAGGCUGAACGCUCUGGCCUGGCAGCUAGCAAGGCCCGCGAGGAUCUGCGCAAAUUGCAGGAUGAGAGCACUCGACUGCAAGAGGCCUGCGAUCGGGCGGCCCUUCAGUUGAGUCGCGCCAAAGAGUGCGAGGAUAAUGCUCGCAGUGAAUUGGAGCACAGUCGAGAUCGUUUCGAUAAACUGCAAACUGAUAUUCGCAGAUCGCAGGGCGAAAAAGAGCACUUCCAAUCGGAAUUGGAACGUGUUACCUAUGAGCUGGAACGCGCCCAUGCCGCCCAGACCAAGGCCGGAGCCAGUGUGGAGGCAGCCAAAGAGGAGGCAGCUCAUUAUGCAGUGGAACUGGAAAAGAUGCGAGAGCGCUAUGAAAAGAGUCAGGUGGAGUUGCGCAAAUUGCAGGAUACAGAUACCUUUGGCCGUGAAACGCGACGUCUCAAGGAGGAGAACGAACGACUGCGCGAGAAGCUGGACAAGACGCUCAUGGAGCUAGAAACAAUUCGAGGCAAGUCGCAGUAUGAAUCGGAAUCGUUUGAGAAAUACAAGGACAAGUAUGAAAAGAUCGAGAAUGAGAUCCAAAAUAUGGAAUCCAAACUGCAUGAGACCAGCCUUCAAUUGGAACUUUCCAAGGGUGAGGUGGCCAAACUGUUGGCCAAUCAGGAUAAGCAACGCAGCGAGCUGGAACGGGCCCACAUCGAGCGGGAGAAGGCACGCGAUAAGCACGAGAAACUGCUGAAGGAGGUCGAUCGUUUGCGCCUGCAACAGUCCUCGGUGAGCCCCGGCGAUCCGGUUCGUUCCUCGACCUCCGCCUCGCUAUCGGCGGGCGAGCGCCAGGAGAUCGAUCGGCUGCGUGAUCGCCUCGAAAAGGCGCUGCAGUCGCGCGAUGCCACCGAACUGGAGGCCGGUCGCUUGGCCAAGGAACUGGAGAAGGCACAAAUGCAUCUGGCCAAACAGCAGGAGAAUACCGAAUCCACGCGCAUCGAAUUCGAACGCAUGGGUGCGGAAUUGGGCCGAUUGCACGAUCGUCUCGAGAAAUCCGAGUCGGAGAAGGAGUCCCUAAGACAGGGCAGCCGCAACGGACCAUCUGGUGGCGCCCAUCCGCAAUUGGAAAAGCACGUACAGAAACUGGAGUCCGACAUCAAGCAAUUGGCCAUGGAGCGAGAGCAGCUGGUCAUCCAGCUGGAAAAGAGCCAAGAGAUAUUGAUGAACUUCCAAAAGGAGUUGCAAAAUGCCGAAACGGAAUUGCAAAAGACCCGCGAAGAGAACCGCAAACUGCGCAAUGGCCAGCCUGUGGCACCAGCAGCGCCAGCCGAAAUUCAAGGUAUGCAAAAAGAGAUCCAAGCCCUGCAACAGAAACUGCAAGAGUCGGAGCGUGCUCUGGCCGCGGCAGGACCACAACAGGGAGCUGCAGCAGCAGCGGCAGCUGGAGCCAGCCGCGAGGAGAUCGAACAAUGGCGCAAGGUUAUCGAACAGGAGAAGAAUCGUGCCGAUAUGGCCGACAAGGCGGCCCAGGAGAUGCACAAACGCAUCCAGCUGAUGGACCAACACAUCAAGGAUCAGCAUGCUCAGAUGCAGAAGAUGCAACAGCAAAUGGCCCAGCAGCAGCAGCAGGUGGCGCAACAGCAACAACAACAGCAACAAUCGGCCGCUACCAGCGGUGUCGAUGCCAAAGAACUGGAAAAGGUCAAGACCGAACUUCAAGCAGCCUGCACAGAACGAGAUCGCUUCCAGCAACAAUUGGAACUGCUCGUCCAAGAACUCGAGAAGAGUCAGUUAUCCAAUCAAGAGCAAGCCAAACAACUUCAAACAGCCCAACAACAAGUGCAACAAUUGCAGCAACAAAUCCAAACACUUCAACAGCAAAUGCAACAAUUGCAACAGGCGGGCAAUGCGGGAGCCGCUGCCACCGAUGUACAGCGCCAGCAACUGGAACAGCAACAAAAACAAUUGGAAGAGGUGCGCAAACAGAUCGACAACCAGGCCAAGGCAACCGAAAGCGAACGCAAAAUCAUCGACGAGCAGCGUAAACAGAUCGAUGCCAAACGCAAGGAUAUCGAAGACAAGGAAAAGAAAAUGGCCGAUUUCGAUGUACAGUUGCGCAAACGCAAAGAGCAAAUGGACCAACUGGAAAAGUCACUGCAAACGCAAGGCGGCGGUGCAGCGGCAGCUGGCGAGCUGAACAAAAAACUUAUGGAUACGCAAAGGCAGCUGGAAGCGUGUGUCAAGGAGCUGCAAAACACAAAGGAGGAGCACAAGAAGGCAGCAACCGAAACGGAACGUUUGCUGCAAUUGGUACAAAUGUCGCAGGAAGAGCAAAAUGCCAAGGAGAAGACCAUUAUGGAUUUGCAACAAGCCUUAAAGAUCGCUCAAGCCAAAGUCAAACAAGCACAAACGCAACAACAACAGCAACAGGAUGCUGGGCCAGCUGGCUUCUUGAAGAGCUUUUUCUAAACAGUGCCCCACAGAAAUAUGUAUACAACAAACACACACACACACUCACAAGAAUAUAUAGAAAACAAAAGAAGAGAAAAGAAAACACACACACACACACACACCAACUUGUACUAUUUUACCUACUAUGAUACCAAGAGCACUGUCUACUAUUUUGUAAACUACCGAAUACCGAUUACCGUUGCCGACUAUGCAGUAUUUCUACUACUCUUAUACAAACAUAGACACAGACACUCACACACACACACACACACACUCACUCACAUUUGUAAAUGACAUAUGUAUGUAAACAACAAGAACAAAUUAUUUGAUAUUUAUGUGUAUUGUAAUUAGGUUUUGCCGCUAUACUCAAAUUAUGAAUGCAUUUAAAUGUCAGUCAGCUAGCAAAAAAGAAAACGAAAACUAAUAAGAAAAACCAAAAAAAAAAAAAGAACGUGUAAUUUGUAACUAAAUCUCUCUCUUGAACUCGAACUUAACUUAAUUGUAUACCUACCUACCUACCGUUAACCCUUUCUCACACACACACACUCUCUCAAAAAAUUAAACACCUAAGCCUGUCUCUGUAAUUUUCGUAACUCUCUCUAUCAUGCUUUUUCUCUAUCUCACUCUCUUUCUCACACUCUUUCAAUUGAUCUCGUACAUUAUUAUCGCACGUCGCGCUGAAAAGUAAAGCUAAAGGUUAGACAGUUUUUGACGAGAAUGUGAUUCAGUGUUGAAAAAACCAAAAAAAAAAAAAAACAUUAAAAAAUUAUACAAAUGGAACAUGUUUAACUUAAUUUAAUGCUGCGAUACCCAAACAAAACAAAAAACAAAUAUCAGAUGAUAUAUGAUGUAUGCUAGCCUCUGUUAUAGUUAGUUAAAAAUGCAAUUCGAAUAUGGAAAUGUGGAAAAAGAAACAAACAAACAAAAAAAUACACACACUCACACACAUUCUCUUACACCUAUACAACACUGUACAUAAAGCAUUCAUUCGAAUCAGUAAAAAUAAAUAUAACAAAUACCAAUACAAAUACAAUAUGUAGAGCAAUAAAUUAUAUAUAUACCUAACAACAACAAAAAAACUAAACAAAUAUAUGUAUUAUAUAUAUAUGGUAGUUACAAGAGCAUUGCUAGUAAAUUAUAUAGACAUAUAUAUAUAUAUUUAUUGCGUAGCCUUUAGCCGUGUACCAAAGAAAUAUAGAUGAACUUUGCAAAAGAUCGUUGGAAUGGUAGUAGAAGCAGCAUUAACACAUUAUAUACCUAUAGAGAGCAUGCCUAAUAUCAAAUAAAAACAUUAUAUCUAAAUAACAAUAAUA